AAAAUUGCUUUUUUACAAAUUAAAAGUCCAAGAACCUUAUUGUCAUCCAGUGCUACCUUUGGCGACGUUUUCGGCAACUUUUGUGUCUUUAUACCGGAGCUCCGUCUCCUCUUCGACUUACUUCAUCUGCAAACUCCUUAGAUUCCGGCAUCGAACGCUUUACACAACUUAAGAUGCCCUGGUUCGUCACAUCAAUCCUUAUUAUGAUAAUUUCUUUGGAUUUGUGCCUUUACGAAUGUCUGUUGAUGUCUAUUUGCUAAAUUAGAGCUUUAGGAUGAGUUUGGGUGAGACGUAUAAUAGCUGAGGGCAUUUUUGGAUUUACACAAAAAAAAAAAAAAAAAAAAAAAAAAAAAAAUCUCUCGCCAAGGUCUCUUUAACGGCUAACGGAAGGUAGUAAGUAAGACGCAACAAUUGAUUGGGAGAGUAAUAUACUAUAUAUAUUUUUUGCACAAAAAAAAUAUCUCUCGCCAAGGUCUUUUUACUCUUUUUCCCUUCUGGCCACAAUAGCUACUCAAUACAAAAUGAUCAAUUCCAACAAAAACUUAGCUGCAAUUCUCUGGUUCCUCCUGUUUAUUCAAAUCUCCCUAUUACCAUCUUGUUUAGCAAUAGACACCAUUUCUAAAACCCAACAAGUAUUGGAUGGUCAAACCUUAGUUUCAGAAGGAGAAGUCUUUGAGCUGGGCUUCUUUAGUCCUAGUGCAUCUCAUGUAAGAUAUGUGGGUAUAUGGUACAGAGGAUUCCCCGUUGAAAAAGUUGUAUGGGUUGCAAACAGUGACAACCCAUUGACGGAUACGUCAGGAGUUCUAGUGAUCGGAAGGGAUGGGAAUUUGGUGCUCAUCGAUGACAGAUUCAACAGAGUUUGGUCCACAAAACUAGCUUCCGUUGCAUCAAAUGAUACAAUUGCGGUACUUCGUUCUUCAGGUAAUCUUGUUCUUAUUGAAAACAAAUCUAACGGAAGUGUCUUGUGGGAAAGCUUCAGUCAUCCAUCAGAUACUUUGUUGCCGGGCAUGAAGCUGGGAUUGAACACUAAGACAGGGGAAAGUUUAUUUUUAACAUCAUGGAAGAGUGACAAGGAUCCAUCAACUGGAAGUUUUGUCUUAGUUUUGGAGCCUCGUGAACUGCCAGAAGGUGUGAUCUUAAACGGAACAAUCCAAUGCUGGAGAAGUGGGCAGUGGAACGGGAGGACCUUCAUAGGAAUUCCAGACAUGGAUACAAACUAUCUUACAGGCUUUAACCUUGUCAAGGAUAAUCAGGCAGGAACGAUCUAUUUUGUGUAUUCUUUAUUCAAUAUGUCGUCAUUUCCAUUGUUUUUGAGUCCUCUGGGAGCUCUAAUUCAAACAAACUGGGAUGCAGACACUAGAAAAUGGGUAAAUUAUGUGAUUGCACCCAAAGGUCCCUGUGAUAUUUAUGGUACAUGUGGCCCAUUUGGGAUCUGUAAUGAUAGGAACUCCCCAAUAUGCAAUUGUUUGAGAGGGUAUGAACCAAAGUCUACAGAAGAAUGGCACAGAGAAAAUUGGACAGGUGGUUGUAUAAGAAGAGUUGAAAUGCAGUGUGACAGGAAUUCGAGCAUUGAUGAUAGCAAAGCAGACGGUUUUAUAAAGCUGACAGGAGUAAAACUACCAGACUUCUCAAAUUUUUUGGAUUUAGAUGACGCUGUUGAUUGUGGUAAUUUUUGCCUGAAGAACUGUUCAUGUGUUGCAUAUGCAAAUGUAAAUGGAAUUGGUUGUCUGGUUUGGGGAGGACAUCUGAUUGAUGUUAGGGCGUUCUCUUAUGGUGGAGAGGAUCUAUACCUUCGACUCGCAUAUUCUGAACUAGGUGAAAAGAGACGAAUAAGGGGCUUUAUCAUUAUACUCAUAGUCAUCUCCACGAUAAUCGGGCUCAGUAUUUUGGCAUAUAUUUUAUGCAGAAAGAAGACCUCACUUAGAGGUGCAAAGACAAUCAUUCAGAAAAUAUUUUCCAGUAGAAAAAGGAAAAUGUCAGCAGAUUCUCCGCAAGCCUUUUUGCCUCGACAUACUAUUUAUCAAGAAGAAAGCUCAGACCUUCCAUUUUUCAACUUGGAAAAGAUAGCAGCUGCUACAGAUAACUUUUCUCUAGCAAAUAAACUUGCUGAAGGGGGAUUUGGUCCUGUUUACAAGGGUAAGCUACCAAGUGGACAAGAGCUUGCUGUCAAAAGACUUUCGAAGAGCUCAGGACAAGGCAUAGAAGAGUUCAGGAAUGAGGUCAUAUUAAUUUCCAAACUCCAACACAGGAACCUUGUGAAGCUACUUGGCUUUUGUAUUGAGGGAGAGGAGAAAAUGCUGCUCUAUGAGUUCUUGCCAAACAGCAGCUUGGACGCCUUCCUCUUUGGUUCAAGUAAAAAGGCAAUACUGAACUGGGAUCAAAGAUGUAAAAUAAUUGAGGGCAUUGCUCGAGGGCUUCUUUAUCUUCAUCGUGAUUCUCGCUUAAGGAUCAUUCACCGAGAUCUCAAGGCGAGCAAUAUUCUACUAGACGAGGAAAUGAACUCAAAGAUUUCUGAUUUUGGCAUGGCCAGGAUUGUUAUGGGGAAUCAAACUCUAGCAAACACCAAUAGAAUUGUCGGAACUUAUGGCUACAUGUCCCCUGAAUAUGCAAUGGAAGGAAUAUUUUCGGAGAAAUCUGAUGUCUUCAGCUUUGGAGUCUUAUUGCUAGAGAUCAUUAGUAGUAAAAGGAACACCGGCUUUUAUCACAAUGAAACCUAUCGGAACCUAUUGCAUUAUGCAUGGCAGUUGUGGAAUAAGGGAAAAGCAAUGGAGUUGCUGGAUUCAAAGAUAGCAGACUCAAUCAGCAGUCCCGCGCAAGUGAUGAGAUGCAUUCAUGUAGGUCUCCUAUGUGUUCAAGAACAACCAAAUGAUAGGCCAUCCAUGGCUACAAUAGUUUUCAUGCUCUGCAAUGACACAACUCUUCCUACUCCAAAACAACCUGCAUUUAUCUUAGAGAGAAGCACUAGUGAAUCAAACUUACCUUUGCCUAACAGCUCUAUAUGCUCCAAUAAUUACAUUUCUAUAACAAACGUUGAAGGGCGCUAACCUUUUUCCCUCUUGAUUCUUUCAAAAAUGUUUUGGAAGUCACUGCAUGUAGGGACUCAUUUACUAUUCCACCAAGUGAUUGCUUAGGGACCUUAGCAGAGGAUCUGGGCUGUUUUUCUCCCAACUUCAUUCUCAAUGCCCCAAAAUUCUUUCUGUACAAGUUAAAUGGAUUUCGUGGAAAACCAGCUAUAUCGAAUAUUGGUUGGCCUCUACCCCUCCCUGGCCACAAAUCAUCAUUAUCAUCCCCAUAUUUUGCUGCAUUUUUGGGUUUGGUCCUCCUAAGGCCUGACCUAGGAUUUUAAUACAGGUUUGCUUCAGAAAGAUCUAUUGUAAGAUGUUAUAUCACUCUUAUAUUGUUAGACAAGAAACUGGUUGAAUAUUAUUUGUAACCAAAACUUAUAGACAGAGUACAUUUGUUGAUCAAGUUAUAAGGUUUAGUAUGUAUAUUGUUUACUAGAA